AUGGCAUGGAUUUGUCCUAAACGGAGGUCUCAGUGUCCUAAACCGAGGGUUCAGUGUCCUAAACGGAGGUCUCAGUGUCCUAAACGGAGGUCUCAGUGUCCUAAACCGAGGUCUCAGUGUCCUAAACCGAGGUCUCAGUGUCCUAAACCGAGGGCUCAGUGUCCUAAACCGAGGUCUCAGUGUCCUAAACCGAGGGCUCAGUGUCCUAAACCGAGGUCUCAGUGUCCUAAACCGAGGGCUCAGUGUCCUAAAUGGAGGGCUCAGUGUCCUAAACCGAGGGCUCAGUGUCCUAAACCGAGGGCUCAGUGUCCUAAACCGAGGGCUCAGUGUCCUAAACCGAGGGCUCAGUGUCCUAAACCGAGGGCUCAGUGUCCUAAACGGAGGGCUCAGUGUCCUAAACGGAGGUCUCAGUGUCCUAAACGGAGGGCUCAGUGUCCUAAACGGAGGGCUCAGUGUCCUAAACCGAGGGCUCAGUGUCCUAAACCGAGGGCUCAGUGUCCUAAACGGAGGGCUCAGUGUCCUAAACCGAUGGCUCAGUGUCCUAAACCGAGGUCUCAGUGUCCUAAACCGAGGGCUCAGUGUCCUAAACCGAUGGCUCAGUGUCCUAAACCGAGGGCUCAGUGUCCUAAACCGAGGGCUCAGUGUCCUAAACCGAGGGCUCAGUGUCCUAAACCGAGGGCUCAGUGUCCUAAACCAAGGGCUCAGUGUCCUAAACCGAGGGCUCAGAGAGCUAUUUAA